AUGCCAGGGAAUUUUCCAGAGCUUUCAACAGCCAUGCGUAGGCAUAAAAGCACCACAGAUAUCCCUUUUCGUGGUAACAUUUGCUUGCUUCCACCACCCACCCUCGGUCUCACAGAAACAGAGCAAGCCCUCUUGCGUCGCUCGUCACUGAGAGAGACCAACACUGUGUCACGCUACCCUCGCCAUGCUCUCAGCGUGCCUAACAUGGGCAGCACAACUCCCCUUCGUGUCACUAACAGUCCCCUCCGCAGCACCCAGCUCUCACCUGUACACAGCAACAUAUCCAGCCCUAGAGAGGUGGAGAGGCUGGCUAAAGCCCGGAGUAAACUCCUGGAGAGUGAGUGUAACCAAACCCCCACCCUUCCUCCAGAAACCAGAGAGCAAAUUCGCUACGUCUCCAAGGAUGGAAAGUGUCGCGUCAACCUGGGCUACAUAUCUGAGAGGGGUCGCUUUCUGUCUGACAUCUUUACCUCUUUUGUGGACCUUCAGUACCGCUGGUUUCUAUUUGUAUUCAUGAUGUGCUACAUCACCACCUGGUUCUUGUUUGCUGGGCUCUACUUCUUGAAUGCUUUCUUCCGAGGUGACCUAGGGCAAGAGCGACCCCUGAGCACCCAUGUAGAACACCUUGUAGACCAAAGGCCCUGCUAUUUAGGUGUAGAUGGCUUCAUCUCAGCUCUACUCUUCUCCGUGGAAACGCAGCGCACCAUUGGUUAUGGGUCACGCACUGUUUCUCCCUCCUGCCACGAAGGCAUUCUGCUAGUUAUGAUACAGUGCAUUGUUGGGUCCAUGAUAGAUGCACUCAUGGUGGGUUGCAUGUUUGUUAAAAUAUCCAGACCUAAGAAGCGGGCUGAGACACUACUUUUCAGUCGCACCUGCGUUAUUGCCAACCGUGAUGACCAGCUAUGUUUGAUGUUCCGCUUGGGGGACCUGAGAGAAAGCCACAUGGUGGAUGCCAAGAUCCGUGCAAAGUUAAUCAAGUCGCGCCAAACAGCCGAGGGCGAGUUCUUGCCACUGGAGCAGACGGAGAUUGACCUCGGCUACGAAACUGGGUCAGACCGACUCUUCCUGGUGGAGCCUCAAGUCAUUCAGCACAAUAUUGACUCUAACAGCCCCUUUUGGGAGCUGGGCCCUCAGCAGCUUAGACGACAACAGUUUGAGAUAAUCGUUAUCUUGGAGGGCAUUGUGGAGGCCACAGGUGAGUAA